GGCAAUGGUCCUGAAUUAUCUCAAGUCUUUUCUUUUCUUGGUGCAGUACUUUUUUUAUUAGUUUUUCAACUUGGUAGGAAAUUUCGUUUUGGAAAAAUAUGAAAUGGAAGAUAAGUAAUGGAAUCCCUGCUUUGUAACGCUAGCUGUUGAAUGUUGCUCAUCUCUGCCUGCAAAAAAUAUAGUCCAACUAUUCAACUUCAAACAAAGCAUUUUACCUUCAUCUGUUAAAGAGUUUCCCUUGAAGAUGGCUGACACCGUGCUUAGUGUGAUCUUGGAUAAGAUACUUCCACUUGCUGCCGCCGAGAUCAACCAGGCAUGGGGUGUAAAGAAAGCCCUUCAGAAGCUCUCCAAGAAAGUAGAGAUGGUGGAAGCUUUGAUUUCUGAUGCUAAAUGCAAGCAAUCAACAAGCAAAGUGGUGCAACUCUGGCUCAAAAGGCUCCAGUCCAAAGCACGUGAUGCUGAGAUCGUGUUGGAUGACUUCGGAUAUGAAGUUCUGCGGCAGAAGGUUGAGAAUCGGAAGCGCGACAAGCUACGCAACCUCUUUUCUAUUUCUUCCUCAAAUCCUAUUUCCUUUCCUCUAGAGAUGGCUAACAAGAUCAAGAAUGUUAGCGCAUCUCUGGAGGAAGCUUACAAAGAAGCAAAACAGAUGGGGCUUCAACCAGCUCAACUACCCAUGCCAUCUGCUGAUCACAAAGAGGAUCGGUGGACUGCUCCUUUUGUGGACGAGUCAGAAACGGUGGGAAGGGAGGCUGAGGUAUCUAAAGUUGUGAGCAUGUUAAUUAGCUCAGACUGUAAGAAGGAUUUACCCGUCAUCUCAAUAGUUGGGAUGGGCGGCCUGGGUAAAACAACCCUCGCACAGAUGGUGCUAAAAAAUGAGAGUGUAACGAAGCGUUUUGAUGAAAAAAUAUGGGUUUGUGUGUCUGAUGAUUUCAGAGUGGAAAGGCUGUUGAACCAUAUGCUUCAAUCCCUUGACGAAAAAAGUGCUGAGACGACAAACAGGGAAGCAUUGGUAAGGAGGCUUCAAAAAAAUCUGAAAGGAAAAAGUUACUUGCUUGUGCUUGAUGAUGUUUGGAAUAAGAAUCGAGGGAUAUGGGAUGGCAUGAGGAGCUGUUUGCUCGAAAUAGGAGGUGCUCCAGGAAGCAAAAUAUUGGCUACCGCACGUAGUGAUGAUGUAGCCUCAGCAAUGCAAACAUCUGAGUGGCAUCGUCUAGACAUCCUCUCAGAAGAUCAUAGCUGGAUGUUGUUUGAAAAACUAGCCUUUGCAGACGGUGGUGCAACAAAGACUCAACAUCUGGUGGACAUUGGCAGAAGGAUACUGAAAAAGUGCGGCGGCAUGCCAUUAGCAAUCAAAGUGAUCGGGAGUUUGUUGUAUUCCAAAAAGAAUGCCUCGGAGUGGUUGAAGCUUGAGAAGAGUGAAAUAUGGAACGAGUCAGUGAAUACUGAAGGUGGAGUCAUGUCUGUCCUGAAGCUGAGUUACGACAACUUACCUUCAUGGUCAGUGAAACAAUGCUUUGCAAGUUGUUCCAUCUUCCCGAAGGACGCUAAUAUGGAAAAAGAAAGCUUGAUACAGAUUUGGAUGGCCCAGGGAUUGAUCAAUGAUGCCAAGGGAGGAGGAGGAGGUCAUUUGCAAAUGGAGGAUAUAGGCAGUGACUAUUUCAACGUAUUGCUUCGGAGUUCUUUGUUGCAAGCUGGUUAUAAGAAUUCCAUUAACGGAAUCUGGAGCUGCCGGAUGCACGACCUUGUGCAUGAUCUUUCACUGCAAGUGUCAAAUAAUUGCUUCUUAAAUAUAGAGGGUGGCAUGGAAGUCAGUCAUGAAAAUGAAGUUAUGCAUUUGACCAUCACUGGGAGUCAAGGGAAGGUGUUAAAGAAUAUCGAAGGGAUUCUUCCAAAUUUGCAAACGCUUUAUUAUAGUGGGGGUGAUGGUAGUGUGCUCGAAGACAUCUUGGAAAGGUCUAGAUACCUUUGUGUGUUAAUAGUAGACUGCUGGGAUAUGACUCAACUCCCGAAUAUAGUGGGUGAUAUGAAACAUUUGCGACACCUUGAUAUCAGUGAAACUAAAAUCGCCGCUCUGCCAGAUUCGAUCACAAAGCUCUACAAUUUGAUGACCUUGAAAGUAUGUUACUUGAAAGAGAUACCUAAGAAGUUUGGCAAUUUAGUUAACUUAAGGCAUCUCGAGUUGUCCGGGUUUAGUUUGAAUGGGUCCAAAUGUUUGUUCCCUGGAAUCGGGCAGCUGGCUAAUCUUCGGACGUUGCCCCACUUCAGGGUAAGCCAAGACAAGGGAUGUCAACUUGAGGAGUUGGAACACUUGCGCAACCUCGGAGGCGAGUUAGAAAUAUGUGGACUUGAGAAUGUGAGCAGCUUUGAAUCCGCAGCAAAAGCAAAGUUGUCCAAAAAAAGAAGCAUUCAAAGUUUAGAACUUUCAUGGGAUGAUACAAAUGAAGAUUGUGACGACAACAAUAUCAACAGUGUCAUGGAAGGUCUCCAACCUCACCCAGACUUGAAAGGUUUAACCAUUAGUGGUUUCGAAGGUUCAAGGUUGCCGUCGUGGAUGGUGGCAAAGGAUCACUUGAUGGUACUCCUGAGGAAUCUAGUACGCCUCGCGUUGAGAGGAUUGGGUAAGUGUGAACAAGUACCACCACUAGGGGACUUGCCUUGUCUCGAGUCCUUAGUGAUAGCCUCCUUACACAAUGUGAAGCGCAUUGGGGCUGAAUUCUAUGGUCUCCUUGCACAUGUCGAUAUUAAUGCAAGGAGCAGCGGUUCUUGUAGUAGCAGCACCAGUAGCAGAGAGGCGGUGAAACCAAUCACUCUGUUUCCGAAACUGUCGCGUUUUGUGCUGCGGGACAUGAAAAGUCUAGAGGAGUGGUCAGAUGCAAUGGUUCCCUCGGAUUCUUCUUCAUCGAUUAAGGUAUUCCCUAGUCUCCGGUACUUGGAAAUCGAAGGGCUCCCCAAGUUGGCUGUUCUACCGGAUAUGGAGAACUUGACGUCUCUUGAGAAGUUAAGGAUAGAGAAAUGCGGAAGUUUGACUUGUAUAAGGAAUUUGAAUAGCCUUACAUCUCUCGAAUCCUUAUAUUUAGAUGACUGCCCUGCUCUUGAAUCCUUAUGCUUGGAGAGCUUGACAUCUCUUGCGGAGUUAGAGAUAAGGGAAUGCGGAAGUUUGGCUUGUAUAAAGAAUUUGAAUAGCCUCACAUCUCUUGAAUCCUUAUAUUUAGGUGACUGCCCUGCUCUUGAAUCCUUAUGCUUGGAGAGCUUGACAUCUCUUGCGAGGUUACAUAUAUGGGGAUGCGGAAGUUUGGCUUGUAUAAGGAAUUUGAAUAGCCUCACAUCUCUUGAAUCCUUGGAUUUAGAUGACUGCCCUGCUUUAUUAGAUGCUUCUCUAGAUAUGGAAAACCCCCAAUCCCUACGUGAUCUAAGAAUCUCACGAUGUGAUCAGUUGAAUCCUUGGUUGAGUAAUAAUCUUGAGAAGUUCACGUCGCUCGAGCGGUUGGACAUCCGCUCUCAUGACCCUGGUUCUUGGCCAAUUACGGUUCUCCACCAUCAGGCCAACCUCAGAUCGUUGACUCUCGGUGGCUUCUCUGACAACCUUGAUAAUUUCCCGUGGCCACACUCCAUCACCAAUCUCGUCUCUCUGGAGGAUCUUGUAUUGCAUGGAUGGCCAAAAAUCACGGCUCUCCCACACCAAAUUCAGCAUCUCUCUACCUUGACAUCUCUAUGGAUAUGGACGUUUGAGGGGUUGGAAGUUCUUCCAGAGUGGAUGGGUAGCCUUGGGAAUCUUCGAGAAUUGUGGAUUGGUGAUUGCUCUAACCUCAGACAGUUGCCCUCUGCAGACCUCACCAAUUUAAAUCGUCUAAGUAUCUACAGGUGUCCUCUUUUAGCAGAGAGAUGCACCAAAGGAAGUGGCGCAGAGUGGCCCAAGAUUGCACAUAUUCCCUUUGUUCAUAUCUUUUAGUAGAACAAAGUUUGAUUGGUUUUGCCUUAGGGGAAACAAAGGCCCACCGUAACUGGUCAGAAUCAAGGCAACUCAUGCAGCGUCACAAAAAAAAGAAGAGCAGUUUUCUCAAACUGCCUUAUUAUUGAUUCCAGAUGUCUGCUGAUUAUUGAUUCCAGUAUUCUCUCCUUUGAGGUGCAUCUUCUCUGUUUUGUUUCAAGCUGUAACUUAAAAGACAGAGUAAAGUAUUGAUAGACAUUUUCCUUUUUAAAUAAAAAAGAUUCAUUACAUUGUCUGAAAGACUUCAAUGCACCAGGGAUUGUUUUAGUAGUUAAAAGUAGUAGACUCUGAAAAUUUACAUCUUCUUUUUUUUUUUUGGAUGAAUACUACUAUCGAAUUGCUAGAACAGAGAUACUCUCUGUUAUGUACAAAUUGACUAGGAACAGAAUAAAUACUUUUGUUCUCUGUUAUGUAAUCAAACUUCGGGCCAAUAAACUCUAACAGCUCUGACCUGCAGCUCUAUGAACGACUCAUAACAGGAUUUGGUUUUGGCAUUUAAUAAUGGCUUGCUAAGCUAAUUCUUGCACGUUCUACUAUUUUUCUUUUUUCCUGAUUCAGCAAAUGACUGCCUAUCUAUUUCUUGAGCUCGUGUCUGUUAUGCUGCAGGGACAACAACCAAGAACGACCAAACUAUUUCCAGGAGCUGAGACCACAUUCAAAUGUUUGGGGGAUUUUGAUGAAUCCUGUUCUAACUAACUAUUGUGUUUGGAUUGCAUUUUUUUGGAUUUUUUUUGUAGAAAAAUUACUAUAGCGAUUUGAUGUAUGUGAAGUAAAAAGAUAACAGGAAAAUGUGUUAACGAAAAAACGUUGUAAUUUUUUCAAUGAAAAAUGACUGUCCAAACACCCCUAUAUAAUGUUGAAGAGCAUAUGAAGGGAUUGUUUGUUGACUCAGUACCUCAUAGUGUAUUUCUUUAUUGCUGUUUCUCAAUGUCCAACUCUAUUGUAAUGUGAAACUUAAUUUUCAUUAAGAUACAGUGCU